AUGGAUCACAGAAAUGACAGUAUGGUAACUGAAUUCAUUCUCCUUGGGCUGACUGAUAAUCCCAAGCUUAAUAUGGUACUUUUUGUGCUUUUUCUUCUAAUCUAUCUCCUUACUGUGGUGGGCAAUGUUUGGGUUAUCUCAAUAAUCCUAGCUAGUGCCCAGCUGCAUUUGCCCCAGUACUUUUUCCUUAGCCACUUGGCUUUCUUGGAUUUCUGCUAUUCAUCGGUCUUUAUUCCUAAAAUGUUGAUGAAUGACAUCACAGGAGAGAAUGUCAUCUCCUACCACGGUUGCCUCCUUCAGUAUUCCUUUGUCAACAUGUUCCUGACCACUGAGUGCUUUCUUCUGUCUGCCAUGGCGUAUGAUCGGUACCUUGCCAUCUGUCAUCCACUUCUCUACAAAGGCCUCAUGACCCCCAAGAUCAGCAUUUGCUUGGUGACUGCCUCCUACCUGCUAGGCUGUGCCAGUUCAGUCACCCACCUAAGCAGCUUGCUCCAUCUGUCUUUCUGUGGGCCCAACAUCAUUAACCAUUAUUUUUGUGAUAUUCCAUUGCUCUUUCAACUCUCCUGUUCUGACACUCAACACAGUCAGCUUCUAUUUAUUGUCCUCUCUGGAGCAACAUCAGUGUCUACCUUCUCGAUAGUGAUUAGUUCCUACUUGGGAAUCCUUCUCGCGGUCCUGAAGAUGCAUUCUGCUAGAGGCAGAUGUAAAGCCUUAUCCACAUGUGCAUCCCACCUCACAGUAGUGACCCUCUUCUAUGGAACAGUGAUAUUCACUUAUCUGGGAACCAGCUCUAGCUACCCACAGGAUACAGCCAAAAUCCUCUCCAUGUUUUAUACCCUUUUGCUGCCAAUACUGAAUCUUCUGAUAUACAGCAUGAGAAACAGAGAAGCCAAAGAAGCUAUGAUAAGAAUUAUUAAGAGAAAAAUACUUGCUCAGGGAACAUGA